UUUGUAGCGGGCGUGAUGGCUUCAAGGUUACUCCGUGGAGCUGGAGCGCUAGCCGCGCAGACCUUGAGGGCCCGAGGUCCCAAUGGAGUCGCCGUUGUGCGGUCUAUGGCAUCUGGAGGUGGUGUUCCUACUGAUGAGGAGCAGGCGACUGGGCUGGAGAGGGAGGUCAUGAUGGCCGCCCGCAAGGGACUGGACCCAUACAAUAUACUUGCCCCAAAGGCAGCCUCAGGUACCAAGGAAGACCCUAAUUUAGUCCCCUCCAUCACCAACAAGCGGAUAGUGGGCUGCAUCUGUGAAGAAGACAACAGUACUGUCAUCUGGUUCUGGGUGCACAAAGGCGAGACCCAGCGAUGCCCCAGCUGUGGAACCCAUUAUAAGCUGGUGUCGCACCAGCUGGCCCACUGAGCCCCUGCACUAACACACUCAAGAUGCGCUGGCAAGUUUCUUCCAAUAAAGACUAGCCAUUACACUGGCUCCUCCUCCCA